AAAGGCGAUAACGUCAGUAUCUUUUGCGCAGGCGCACUGGGACAUCACACAACCGCAGUAAGCAAACAUGGCAGCCGCGGUCGACAGUGUUGUGAAAGUGCUAGGAGAGCAGUAUUACAGGGAUGCCAUGGAGCAGUGCCACAGCUACAACGCUCGUCUCUGUGCCGAGCGCAGCAUCCUCAUGCCCUUCCUAGACUCUCAGACUGGCGUUGCUCAGUCCAACUGCUAUAUCUGGAUGGAGAAGAGACACAGAAGUGCAGGUGUCGCUCCAGGACAGCUGUACUCUUAUCCAGCCCGUCGUUGGAGAAAGAAGCGGCGCUCCCAUCCUCCAGAGGAUCCCCGCCUGGCUUUCCCAACUCUCAAAGCAGAUGAUUUGGAGCUGGGACUGAAGCGGGAUACUUUAGGAGCGGUGGAUGGGAGCAGCUUGGAGGCGUUGCUGAAAGGGGAGCCCCUUGAAAGGAGGGGUGGUGUGUCGGAGCUGCGUGGACCUGAGGAUGAUCCAGCCACUGUGGAGCCUCCUGCUACUUCAACGGUUACUCACACGUCCUCAGGGCGCAUCCGUAAGAGAGUCCUUGAUCACGACGACUACCUGGAUGAUCUAGAUGAUGAAGACUUUGAGGAUGAGACCCCAAAGAGGCGAGGCAAGAACAAGACCAAGGGCCGGGGUGACAAGAACGGCAAGAAGAAGUCGGAGGCUGCAGCGGCAGCGCUGGAGGAGAGGGACAAACCUUACGCUUGUGACAUCUGUGGGAAGCGCUACAAGAACCGUCCUGGCCUGAGCUACCACUAUACACACUCUCACCUGGCAGAGGAGGAGGGCGAGGACCACGAGGAGAUCGAGGCACCACCCACUCCUCGCCAGCCUGAGGAACAGAAGACAACCAAGAAGGGUCCCAAUGGACUGGCACUGCCCAAUGAUUACUGUGACUUCUGUCUGGGAGAUUCCACCUUAAACCAAAAGACUGGCCAGUCGGAGGAACUGGUGUCCUGCUCAGACUGCGGACGAUCCGGCCACCCGACAUGCCUGCAGUUCACACCAGUGAUGAUGGCUGCUGUGAAGACCUACCGCUGGCAGUGCAUCGAGUGCAAAUGCUGCAACGUUUGUGGCACAUCGGAGAAUGACGACCAGCUGCUGUUCUGUGAUGACUGUGAUCGAGGCUACCACAUGUACUGUCUAACUCCACCCAUGACUGAACCACCGGAAGGGAGCUGGAGCUGCCACCUGUGCCUGGCUCUGCUGAAGGACAAGGCCUCCAUAUACCAGCAGAACCAGAGCUCUACCCCCGAGUGACCCCAGAACACCAGCCCCUCCUCUCAGCAGCAGGACCCCACCCCCAGGUCAGAACCUCCUGUCAGUCCGGACUGCUGGGCCCCGUCCAGAUGUAGUAGCUGGGUCAGAUCGCAGAUCAGCUUUACGAAGCGUUCUCAGCUACAGCGUUAGCCAGGGGACACGCCUCAGAUCAGCCAACACGGGAUCCAACUAUCACUACCAAGUCCCUGAGACCUUCUGUCCACCCUGUAACAUAUCGUGUGUAAAUACGUUACACACACACACACCUGCUGGACUGUUACACACACACGCACACACCGAGCGCAUGCAGUAACCAUGGUAACUGCUGUCUCCAUUGGAGCUCCCAGGAGAAAAAGGAUUAGCAUCACAACUAAUUAUCAGCACCCUUCACACUCGGCGAGAGCUGAGACGACAGUUUGUCUUCUUUUAAAUGAUCUAUUUUUUACUCCCCGAGAGCGACGUCACCACAUAUGUGCUCAAAGGAUAUUAUUAUUAUUAUUAUUAUAAUGAUCAUGGUUUCUGGUUACUAGUGGGUUUUUGUAGUGGCUUUCGUCUGUGUAAUGUUGUCCCAUUCAAAUUGAGCGUUUAGUGCUUUUGGAACGGUUUCCCACAGGAACCACAGUGGCUCGUCACGAGAACGUGGUGGGACGGAGACGGUGAGGUCCGUCAGCACGAAUGCUCGUGAUGAGGCUUCUUAAAAACAAACACUACAAGAGAAAGACAAGUUCACCAGACUAAAACCGAAUGUUUAAUUUUAUUCCUGAAGACCCAUAAUUAGCGGGGAAACUGAUGGUGGUUCAUUUUUCAGUUGACUCUUUGACCAUGUUGCAGCAUCUGAUCAAAGAUGAAUUUUAGCAUUUAAAAGAAUAAAUUGGCAGCGGUAUUUUUUCAUACAUGACAGUUGACCCAGCGGCUUUCACUGACGACCGUAGCUGCUUUAUAACUCAUCACAUGGAGGCUGGUUUGCAUGUAGAUCGGACAGUUUCAUAUCACAAGUGUUUCUUUUUUUUCUUACAUUUGAUAUUGCCUCAUAUUCUGUUAGAAUCGGGAGUUUUUACUAGUUGAAUUUUGUAAAAUCUGGUAUCACUUCAGUAUAUAUCUCCUAUUGCAUUCUAUGUACUGUAUCGACUUUUCUACUUUUGUUAUGACUGUGAUAUGUUUAAAAUCAUUUGGUUUUCCAGAUAUGUCACACUUUCAUCAUACGUAUUUGUAAAACUAUGUACUUUGUUGUAAUUUUUUUUAACAUUUCUUUUGUAUUGAAGCUGAUUUAGCCCAACCAAAAUAAAAAUCUAUUUGAAAAAGUAAAAA